AUGCUCACCGUUGCUGCUCUACCUUUCUCUGUGAUCUUGGCUUGGCAAUAUACUAUUCACACUGUGUAUGCGUCCCUAGCCCCACAGAAAAUAGAGCUUGAGUCUCGAGCUAUUCCUCGAGAAUCACGUUAUCAUUCUCGCGAUUUACCUGCCCUUUCUGUGCCGUUGAACGAUUACUACAAUGGCACUGAUCUGCAGUGGUACGGGACUAUAUCUGUCGGCACGCCACCGCAGUCUAUACCAGUUGUAUUUGACACAGGAAGUAGUGACAUCGAGAUCUCUAGUACCCUAUGCGGAUCCAAUUGUGGCUCUCAAAUACUCUACGAUCCUUCCAAGAGCUCGACGUAUGUUGACAGUGGUGAGAAUAGUACCAUAGAUUGUUCGUCGCUCAUACCGCUGCAGAUUAUAUCAUUUCAAACUGACCGUCUCACCUUACGGAGCGCGAACGAAACCGUCGCAAUCGGUGAUAUGUCGGUGGCCCACCUGAGCAUCUACCUCAUCACGAAUGAGACUCCAAGUUUCCAAGAGUAUCCGUUCAGCGGUAUCGUAGGUAUGAGUUGCCUUGAUGACUCCAGUUGUUGUUACGGGAAUGGAUUCUUCAGGAAUCUCGUCAAGCAAGGAUUAGCUCCUUUAUUCGGAAUGUACCUUAGUCCGAAAGAAGUAGGCAACGCUGAGCUCACUCUAGGAGGGAUAGAUACGACCAAGUUCACAGGUCCGUAUUGGUCUCCUUAUCGUCUGUCGACCCUCUAUAGCUGGCUUAUCGAAAGCUCGCAGGUGUUCGUCAACGGGCAGACGACAUCUCUUCUCAACACAAGCAUGUACUUCUACAUGGACUCCGGCACUUCGAACGUCGUCCUUCCUCCCUCCAUAGCAGAGGUCUGUUUUCAUUCCCAUUCCUAA